GACGAACGCGCGAUAUUUGAUAAAAUAUGACGUCGUGUGUGCAGUCAUGCGCGUGUUACUGCAAAGUUUCGGGAGGGGAAAAAAAUGAAAAAAAAAAAAACGAAACGUACCAGACGGUGAAAGUGAUCGGUGGAGGUGGUCACCAACACCCCUCUCAAGAAAUGUGUGAUCCGACGGUUCAAUCGUGUGUGUACCUGUCACCCGUAAGCUGUGCCCUAUCCUCCACACACCUGUACAACAUGCGCAUACAUCGAUACGUGUUUAAUCACGUACGCGCAUACGCAUCUGUACGUUGUGGAAAGUUGAAUAUUGAAUGGGGAUCGUGGUGUAUUAUUAUGACAGCAUUCACUUAGACGCGAUACUUGUCUCUCUAGAUACAAUAUUGUAAUGAUACGUUAUAAAAAUAAUGAACUAUUACCUUUAUAUCGUUU